AUGCCAAUUCGCCGCGCCGCGUUGACCUCCGUGGAGGUGGUCCUCGCACGCGAGGCGUGCGAGCCGCUGCUAUUGAGCGUGACAAAUCGCCUUCUGCGCGGCGGUUUUGCCGGGUACGUCGAGUUCCGGCAGGCCUACGCGAAGGAAUGCGAAUGCGCUGUGGCGUCGUCUAAUUCGAUGUCCGCUGCGUCGUUCUCCGCCAGGGCUCGUCCACCGCCACCGGUGACGAUGCGAGUAGCCGCAGGCUCUGCUGCAGCGGCAGGCACGACCGGGUUCUCCUCUUCACCUUCAGCACCAAAACAGCAGAUUUCCUGCCGCCGAAUCAACCCCGAAGGACUGAAGGUGGUCUUAGCACAGUCUGGCGUCCUCCUCACUCCGGAGAACCACGCGGCAAUCCUCCUCGCCUACAGUGACCCGGUGGGCUUUGUGCUGGCCGACGAUCUACUGGCGGCGCUAGAUCCGUGCCGGCAAGCUCCGCUGGCUCUGGUGCAAGCCGUUUCAGAGGUGGUUUCGUCGACCUUUUUUGCAGCGUCACCGUUGCCGCGCAUGGCUGUGACGACGGAUAGUGUGCGCGAUGCCCUCUCCGCUAUCUUUGCUGUGGGGCUCUCGAGCGAGGAGGAGAACGCGGUGGAUGCGCAAACGGCCGCAGCCCGGCUGUCUGCGCUGGUAGCGGCCCAGGCUGAUGUACAGGCAACCUUCACACCGACUGUCUAUGCCGGCGAGGGAGCGGUGCAGUGCGGCGACGUGGCGACAUUCAUUGUACUCAUCCUCCAGCAGCACCCGUGCCUGGUGGAGAUGAUGCCGGAGCGGUGCAGCUCUGUCGCUGCUGUCCUGCAGCUGGUGCCGGCAAAUUUUUCAUUCAGUCGUGGCGCUGGCUCUGCAGCGGUCUCGGCAGACUCCGGCAUUGACAGCACCGUUCUCUUUAGCAUCCGCCACACGGGUUCGACGGCACGGCGCAAGUUUGAGCGGUACGAGGAGAACAAGGAUCGUCGCGACGAGUGGAUACGCGGCCGCGACGAGGCAGACGCACGUCCGAUGUACAUGCGCCACGCUGCUGGCUACGGUGGCCACUUACCUGAGUACCAGUACCACUUUGGCCGCACUUUCCACGUGAUUGAAGAGGAUCUGCCGCAGUUGACAAAGUCAAAGCCGCCCCUGGAGCCAGUGCCACCCGACUGGUAUGGACCUGGCGUGGAGCUGAAGGGUAGCCGCAUGAAUGCGCAUCACUACCGGUUUGCGUAG